GCUCCUACCAUUCGGAUAUACAGGAGCACCGGGAGUAGACCGGUGCUGAGGAGAUUGUUUCCCCCCGUUGAUGCUGGUUGGAAGUCGGAAGAUGGACAUUCGCGUGGCGAGCAUCCUCCUCCUCAUGGUGGCCAUGACAGCCGCCCAUGGGGAGCGGUACGUGGUGAAGAAGAUGGUGAAGGCCGCCCCACAGUACCAGCCCUACUCUGUGAAGAGCCAGGUGGUGGCGGGUGAACCUGGCCCUCAAGGUGAGCCUGGGCCAGAAGGUCCCGCAGGCCCUCCUGGGCCCCCCGGUGAGAGUGCUGAAGGUCUGCCUGGACCCCAAGGACCUCCUGGACCUCCAGGAGCACCUGGACGCUCUAUUGCUGGCAAACCUGGCUCCCCUGGUGGACCCGGAAAACCUGGUGCCCACGGACAACCAGGUGAGAAGGGAGACACUGGAUCUCCUGGAUCUCAAGGACCAAGAGGAGCUCCUGGAUCACCUGGAACCCCUGGACCUGCUGGCCUCUCUGCUACCGGCAAGCCUGGACCAUCUGGCCUUCCUGGUGCGAUGGGACCAAGGGGAGAGCCUGGUUUGAAAGGACAUCCUGGUAUUCCUGGUAUGCCAGGUGCUAAGGGAGAUAGAGGGGUGGGAAUUCCUGGACCACAGGGUGAGACUGGAGCAGAGGGACCUAUGGGACCACCAGGACCACAGGGUGAGGCUGGAGUUGGAAAGCCAGGAAAAGCAGGUGCUCCAGGUGAGCCAGGAAAGUCAGGUUCCCCAGGUAGAGAUGGCGCACCUGGUCCAAUGGGACCACAGGGACCCAAAGGCCACACUGGUGCCCCAGGUGUAGGUAUUCCAGGCAAGCCCGGUGAGAACGGCGCCCCAGGUAUGCCAGGACCAGCUGGUCCUAAGGGCCACCAGGGACCAGCUGGUGCCACCGGAGCCCCCGGAGUUCCUGGAUACGGAAAGCCUGGCGCAAAUGGAGAGAAGGGAGAGAGGGGAGCAACAGGUAGCACAGGUGCAACAGGCCCAAAGGGUGAGCAGGGUCCUACAGGAUACACUGGUGCCACUGGUGCCACUGGACCCACUGGUCCAGCUGGACCUCAGGGAGCACGUGGUUUCCCUGGUGAGCCUGGUGCUGUUGGCGCUAAGGGUGACACAGGUUCAUCUGGACCCCAAGGACCAAAGGGACACAAGGGAGAUCAGGGAGCACAGGGAUUCCAAGGUAAACAGGGUUAUCCAGGAGCUGCAGGUCCUCCUGGACCCAGAGGAGCCACUGGCGCAACUGGUGACAAAGGCCACAUGGGUGCACCAGGUACCCCUGGAGCUCCAGGUAUCCCAGGCCCCGCUGGACCCAAAGGUCAUCCAGGUCGUGCUGGUGAGCCUGGUUCCUCAGGUGCUGAUGGUGCCCCAGGUGCAAGAGGACCAGCUGGUCCUCAAGGCCCCGCUGGCGCCCCUGGCCUUAAAGGACAUCCAGGUCUUCCUGGAGCUCCUGGACCUUCUGGUCUGGCUGCUAAGGGUAUUCCCGGACCCCAGGGUCCUCCUGGCCUUCCUGGUGAGCCUGGUGCCGAUGGUGCUGAAGGACCAGUGGGUCCUCCUGGUCCCCCCGGCCCCCCUGGUGAGGUUGUCUUUGAGAAGGGCAUGGGAAUGGGCGAGGUCAUGGUCAAGUCCCCCAUGUCUGCUUUUACUGCCUCUCUGGCCACUCCCUACCCCGCUGCUGGCACUCCCAUCAGGUUCGAUCAGAUUGUGUACAACGCUGAGAACCACUACGACCCCGAGACCGGCAUCUUCACCUGCCAGAUUCCUGGAGUCUACUACUUCUCCUACAGUAUCCACGUGAACGGCGCUCACGCUCUGGUGGCUCUGUACAAGAACGGCCAGCCUGUCAUGUUCACCUACGAUGAGUACAACAAGGGCUUCCUGGACCAGAUGUCUGGCAGCGCCGUCCUCCUGCUCGACGAGCACGACACCGUCUACGUCCAGAUCCCUGACGAGGAAGCAAAUGGCGUCUUCGCUGCUGAGAGUGUCCACUGCUCCUUCUCUGGGUUCCUCAUCGCUUCAACGUGAUACGUUGACUCAGUAGUUGCCAAAAAAACCAACCAACUAAAUUUGCCGUCUAUUUCUUACUCCAGAAUAAAACUUCCUGUUCCAUUUCCCUCCAGAGAAUCAGCAGGCAGUUCUCUUCUCUGAGAAAUAGCAGCAUCUUGACUUGAAUCCUACAAGAACCAGGUGCUGAGAAGAAGGAAAUCUAAUUUAUGAAAACAGGCGAUCAGGGAUGGGGAACGCAAUUCACAAUAUUACCAGUGAGCUCUUUGAAACAGACAACAUGUGAAACUGAGGUGUUACAUCUGUUUGCGUCUUGACUUUGACUUUCCGACUCUUUUCUUCAACUGGUGAUUCUUCAUUUUGUGUUUGUCUGUUUUUGUUUGUUUUGUACAACAUUGUUUUUGUUUGGGUGGCCUAAACACGGAUUCAAAGAACUCCAAUGCUUUCUGUGCAACAUGUUGGAACUGUCGUCCUUGUAUGUGACUUGAAUAUUGUGAAAGUGUAAUAGUCAAAUUGACUGUUGAACAACCUGCAAACACAAAUAUCCCUGACAUGACUUUAAUAAAUGAUGUCUU